AUGUUCAUACUAGAAGUCUGUACGUGCACAUGGCCCUGCUACAUCUGGCCGCGGGAACAAAGGGCUGUUCUCUAUAAACGUCUAAGAGUGCCUCCUGCAAUUAACCGGUUCACCCAUGCCUGGGAUGGGCAAAUGGCUACUCAAACGCUUAAACUGGCCCCCAAGUACAGCCCAGAGACAAAGCAAGAGAAGGAGAAGAGACUGUUAGUCCAGGCUGAGAAGAGAGCGAUCAGGAAAGGGGAUGUCCCCUCCAAGAGGCUGCCUGUCCUUCGAGCUGGGGUUAAUACUGUCGCCGCCCUGGUGGAAAGCAAGAAGGCUUGGCAGGUAGCGACUGCACACAAGGUGGAUCCCAGUGAGUGGGCUGUCUCCCUGCCUGCCCUGUGUCCGAAGACGGGGGUCCCUUACCGCGUUAUCAAGAGGAAGGCCAGCCUGGGGUGUCUGGUCCCCAGGAAGACCGGCACCACUGUCACCUUCCCACAGGUUAACUCGGAAGAAAAAGGAGCUCUGGCUAGGCUGCUGGAAGCUAUCGGGACCAAUGACAAUGACAGAUACGAUGAGACCCGCAGUCACUGGGGAGGCAACAUCCCAGGUCCAAAGUCAGUGGCUUGCAUCGCCAAGGUGAAAAAGGCGAAGCCUAAAAAAACUGGCCCCCAAACUGGGCUAAGUGGACACCAUUAUAUUUUCUGUACAGAAAAGUAA